GUGUUGUGCAUGAACCCUUGAACUUGCACACAAGAGAAGCAAACGCAAAGCAGAACCCGCACAUGGAGCCUCCUUGAAUUAAACUCCCAAGAAACAAAAAGUUAAAAUCAUGAGAUAAGACGUAUACAUGUCGGCUGCUCUGACGACAUAUCAUCCCAACCAUGGCCAGGAAUAUGAAAGAACUGCCUCUCUUGAUUCUCUACCAAUACUUACUACCACUGUUUUCCAUUAUAUAUCCAGUAUUUCCUUCUCUUUCUGGUUAUUUAAACCAAAGGUGGCGGCUUUUGUUCUUCGGUCUUCGUUCCCACAUCUCAGAAAAUGAGAAGGGCAAUUAGUUAUUGUUCAUCUUCUAUAGGGAGCAGCAACCACUUUGAUUCCUCAAGCACUGCUACUGCUGCUUCUUCCUCCUCGCAGAGGGACCAUAACACCGAUCUUAGCCUUGGUCUUAGCAUUUCAACCUCUCCUCUUUAUGCAAGGAAGCAAAGAUCGCCAAUAAAGCCGCUGCUAAGGCUGGAGCUUGCCGAACAAGAUGAGUGCAACAGCGCUACUUUUUAUGUCAAGGUUUACAUGGAAGGAAUUCCUAUUGGUAGAAAAGUAGACCUGUUGGAUCGCCGGAGUUACUGUGACCUGAUAAAAACUCUUGAACAUAUGUUUAAUACAAACCUCAUAUGGGCUGAGGCUGAGGUGAAUGGUGAUCAUUUCGAGGAAUAUCAUGUACUAACAUAUGAAGACAAGGAAGGGGAUUGGAUGAUGGUUGGUGAUGUUCCUUGGCAGAUGUUCUUGUCAGUUGUGAGGAGAUUGAAGAUAAGUAGAUCAAGUGCUGAACUUUGAUAAAAAAAUUGUUUUUCUUUUCUUUUUGGUGGAGUGAAAAUCAAUAGGAGAUGCGUAGGCAGAAAAUAUAUGGUGAGAUAUGUUUAGGGUUUUUUCUAAAAAAAAAUGUAACAUGGACAUACUAGAAUGAUUGAGUAACAAGCACCAGUCUUGUCUUUUGGUUGCAAA